AUGUCGAAAGCUGAUUCUCUCUCUCUCUAAAAAUGUCCCGAUUCUUGUCAAAAACCCUAAUUCCACACGGGAGAUUCUUCCUCCGUCGCUUCAACGAGCCGGCGUUAAGAACAACGUCGCAAAGCCUCGUCUGUUUCAGCCGCCGUCCCUAUUCCUCAAAGCCGCACGUCAUCGAGAUCGACCUCGAUUCUUCCUCGUCAGCGACGUCCAAAGCCGAGGCCGAAGCCGCGGUUCUCAAGAAGCUGAACGAGUUCGUUCGGAGGAUCGUCGUUCAGAAUUCGACUCCUGAUUGGCUCCCUUUCGCCCCAGGCUCAUCCUUCUGGGUCCCGCCUCAUCAGAGCACGGCCGCGAAGAUCGCCAAUUUGGUCGACAGGGUGACGAAUCCGUUGACGGAGGAGGAAGCUUUCUCUCUGUUCUCUCUUUCUGGCUCGCCUCGUUCCUCUUUCUUCAUUCCUCUAGAUGAUGGUUCUUCGUCUACACAAGAGGUAGAAGGUAGCCUGGAGUUGAACAUUCCGGGGAAUGAGAUGCUGGAAGUCAAGCUAGCGCAUUUUCCUGAUCCUUUUUACUCGUUUAAACAUGGAGGAGACGAUGAAGAGUGAUUUUAACAUGUUCAGCUCCCCCGAUGAAGUCUGUUCCUGGUGCGUUGGUCGGGCGGGCUUGGAAAGGGAGAUGCUUCCCGAGGCUGAUGAGGUUGUAUGUGUACAGUUUCAAACCAUCCAUCGGGGUUAUAUGAUGUUUGGAAAUCUUAACGCCUUUGUUGACUAUAUUUUAUAAGCUUGGUUGGGAGGUUAUUCCACUUUCUAAGCCAGAGUACAUCCUGAUACUGUGUAAUUUUAACAAUUUAAGUAAUCUUUGAAAAGUC